CCUCGCUUGGGAAACUCCAUGGCGAAUGCGUGGUCCGUGGUGGGUGGAUUCGAUUUGAUGUGGCGAUUUGGGGAUUUGUGGAAGGUGGAGAGCCGGAGAUGGAGAGAUUGGGGACGGGGCGGAAUGAAGUGUUCCAAACUCGAACCGUUCAGUACUUCAGUAUCCGACCGAUGAGCUGAAGAAUGCAGUCAAGGAUAAUUUCCAAAAGAACAGCCAAUUUCUGGUGUCCAUGUCCAGUACUGAGCAGGCAUCUUUGAGCCAGUCGGCACAACACUUGGCGAACAGCUACCUGAUGACGCCCAAGUCUACUCAUGAGAAGAAAGUUGUGCCCAGGUCGUUGCCAUCUUGUGCAUCAGUGCAGCCAAGAAGUCUAAAAUGCCAAGCUUGGUAGCCAAGUUCUUGGGACUUGACGGAUUGCCCUCGCCGAAAGGCAAAUAUACAGUGAAAGACGACAAGAUCAAGACAGCGAGUUCACCAAGAGCUAUGUUCGAUAUCGAGAGGCCCAAGCCGAAGAGGCUACUGCAACAAUUAUUUAGACAGAAGUCUGGUUCUGGUACUGAGAUGCCUCGGCCAGAGAGGUCCCACGAGAGCAAUUUCGUGUCCAAAGGAAUUUUGCCGGUUCACAGAACAUCAUCGUCUUCAUGUACUACCAGAGCGAUUCAAGAGGCUGAUGUCGAGCCUAAACCUGUAGCUUCGAUUCUCUACACACUUGUAGAAGCUGGUCCUACACCAUCAGCGGCUUGGGGGCAAGCCGCAUUUUAAGGAGUGGGGAAUGUUAGCUCCGCUACACAGGAAGCACAGAGGAUGCGUCGGCGUCAAGCAAGGAGUUGUUGUCAGCAAAGGAAACUGACGACACGAGCAACCUAAAGACAGAUAAGUUUUUGCAUCAGAAGCAGGCCAUGUCGCAGCAGAUAAGUUGCCAAACGGUGCUGUUGAGGUGCACUCUCUACCUAAAGAUGCUUCCGCAUUUGAUAUGUUACCUUCAGCUGAGGGAAUAGAUGUUGAAGCCCCUUCCAUGAGUGCUAAUGCACAAGGUUCAUCAACGCCAGAUGCCAAUGAAGAUGACAUUGAAAAAUAUGCAGAUUUGGAAGAGGACAAUACAGAAAGCUUGAUAUCUCCUGGACAAGUUUUUGCUUCUGGUAAAGAUAUACAAUCAGAAUAUACUGCAGUUGUCAGUCAUGUGGAUGAAGGCUCGAUAGAGAAAACAGAUGACUUUCAGCUCAAUGGCCUUCCAUUUGAGCACAACCAAAGUAAGUCAAAAUCAGCCUUGCUUUGUCUUACCUGUAUUUCCCCAUGUUGUCCGGCUUAUAUGAUUCCGAUGACCCUACUUACUAAUAAGUAAAUUAAGUUGUAAGUUCUUUAUUUUAUUUAUUAUGUGGAAUUGUGGAUCUUUUUCCCCUUUUGUUUCCUAAUGUGUAGGUAUCACACAUCCCCCUUGUCUUUGGAUAUCACACAUGUGUGUCCCUAUGUUGCCAUCCUUAUACUACUUUACCUGUUACCUAUUAUGCCCCUUCUAAAAUAAAAUGGGACGAUGGCCAUCUAUUGUGUUACAUUGUGAAUUGGAUGUUCCUGAAGGUGUUCAUCAAGUUUCUCAUUUUGUAUUACUGUUUACCUAUUUGAUGGCAGAUCUGAAUGGAGAUGUGUCUACAGCGACAACACUAUUUGAUCAUUUCACUCUGCAUGGGGGACGCCUUCUAGGCAAGUACUAUGAGAAUGUCAUGGGGAUGCUGCGACAGUUCCUGAUGAUGAUUCAAUUGACCAAUCAGAUGGCAGGAUCCAUGACGAUGAAGGCAAGGUGACAUUAGGUACUGAUGUUAAUGAAUAUGUUACUUCUGCGGCAAACAACAACGAGGAGAAUCUUGAUAUUACAUCAGUACAACAAUCUGAAGUCACUAGAGCUGAUUUCUUGGAUGUCACAAGCAAUACUGAAUACAACCUAACAUCAACUCUAGAUUAUGCAACUUCAAGUGCACUGUUGCAAGAUUCUCCUUACAGAGUUUACAGGAAAACCGACAAUUCCAGAACAUCUCUCCUUUCUCAAGCUUCAUGUUCAUCACACUCCACGCCGCCGCUGCCUCGACCAGGAUGGUGUCGAUCUCAUGGAGGACGUCCACCUAAGUCCCAAGAACACCCACGCCCAAGCCCUUCUAGAUUUGAGAUCGAGCGAAGCUAAGCUUUUCAUCAAGAUGGCGCUUUUUCGACUUGUGGUGUGGCAUGUCAUGAUGGCCUCAAAUCAUCAGUGUUACAGGUGGCCACCACAAGCGAGGGGUCUGCUUCAACUUCUUGACAGAGACAGAUCGGAGGCUUUCUUGACAAUGGAAAGUUUUGUUGGUAGUAGUAUUAGCUUUAUAGGGGGACAUGUCAUUAGGGUUGAUCUUGUGCUUUUGAGGCCUUGCUUACAGGCACGGUACUACUGAAAUAGUUAGCAAAAGAUGGCAAUACUGAUGUAAUCCAGAAUGUAGCAGUACAUAUCAACUGCCGUCUUAGUUUCAGUUCAUGAAGUGAAUAAUGCAUACCAAACUAUGUCCCAGUUCAAAGCAUCCAGAACAGUGAAGUAUUAUGUCUGUCGCGUUUUCUCAUUCUGAUAAUUCAUAUCAACUGCUUGUGAUGCUUUGCCAUUAUGGAAUUGAGUAUGCUGUGAGUUCAGAUCA